AGUAAGUUUUUAUAUCUGUUUAUGUGUGAUUGUCAAAAUAGUUUAUUAGCCUAUUUUAGUUUAUUUUGAUUUGAUAUGAACAGAGGAGCGGGUGUUUCUUAAGCCGAGUUACUCUUUGACCAAUCGUUAUGGGUAUGAGUUGUCGUCUUUUUCAGCUCCCUGAUCUUGAUCAUAGUUUUUCCUUGAGCGAUGAUGAUGAUGAGAGGAUUGUGUGUUCAAACUAUUUAAUGCUAAUGUUUGGUAAAUUAGUUCGUUGAAACAGGUUAUUGAUCUGCUUAAAUUAGCUGGUGGGUUUAAAUUAGCUGGUCAAACCUAUCAGCUAUCAAUUGUUUGCAAACACCCGUUUAUUAUUUGAUUUUGAUUAAAUCUAGAUUGACCUAUGAUUCAUGUUUAUCUCUUUUGUGAAAGUACUCUUAAUUUCAUAUUGGAAUUUGGAGGAGAUGUUUAUGGAGUAAUCUACACACUAAUCAGACUUUAGUUCUUACAUUAAUGGGGAGUUAAAGGAUGAUAGACUUUAUUAAUGGUGAAUAGUUUUAAGGAUAUUUUUAUUUUUCUAUGAUUUCUAGAUUAAUAUAAUAAUUUCCAUAAAAAGGGACAAAAAAAUUAAGAUGAGAGGAGUUGCUGAGCUCUAUUUUAGUUUUUGUCACUUUUAAUUUGUAUAAAUUUUCAUUUUUAGUUGUUUGCACCGAUCAUGUAACCCUCAUUUAUGCAUUAAUUUGUAUUAAUUUUUAUUUUUAACUUUUUAAAUAUUAUUUAUGCAAUUUAUUCAAUGUCUGUCCUUUAAUAUCACAUUUUGAUCGACUUUACAUAUUUUUUUAGUAAGUUUUAGGUUGUGAAAUUGUUGAAACCAUGAAUACCGAAUUCUUUAUGCACCUUUGAUCUGUUAGUCCUUUUAGUAGUUGCCCAUUUUCUAUUUCCUCUUUGUAUUUUCUUCUACUCAACUUUCUCUUGUUGCUGACAUCUUCAGCAUUUGUUUUUAAGCAAAGAUUAGCUUUUCAUCCUUUCUCUUACGUCAAACUCCAUUUUCUUUACUCUCUUUGUCCCGGUGAGAUUGAAUCAAGGAGAAAAUGAAUGACUCUUAAAAAAAGUAUGAAAAAUUGUGAAAAUAUAAUGUUAAACGAAGAGAGAAUGAAUCGUGUGGAUAAUAUAAAAGAGAAUUUAAAUGUGUGAUUGAUAUGAUAUCAAAAGAAAGCAGUAGGGUUCAUUUUCUAAUAGAAAAUACUUUAAAAUGAGUGGGACAAUUUAAAAUAAAAAUUGAUGCAAAUUAAAAGGAACAGAACAUAAAAGUGGUAGUUCUGAGUGCAUGCACGUAACCCAAAAAUAAGGGUAGUUUAUCAAGUUACUGUAUAAGUCUCAAAUUUCUGAAAAAAAUAAAAUAAAGUGGGCCUAGAAAACUUAUUAAGCAUUGGAGCUAUUGGGCCAAAACGUCGUCGUGUUGUAUAAGUUUUUUCAACUUUACUAAACCAAUAUUACUCAUACUAUAAAGGUAUGAAAAAUGAUUUAUAGCCUAAUACAAGAGAUAUCUUAUAAUUUCUGUUGUUAUAUAGUGGUAUGACAACCUUAUCACUCCGGCAGUUCAGCUACCGACAUCAUUGUUUCGUUACUGCAUUUUUUCACUAUAAUUCGAGUGUUAAGUUAAUAAUCAUAUUGUGCCCUGAUAAUAGCUAGUAUUUAUACACACAAUAUGAAGGUCGUAAUCAUUUGGAAGAUCAUACUAUCCAAUUUCUAAAAUUUAUUGUUCCUUCCUGUUUGUUACUCUCUCCUCAUUGACUAAAAAUAGAUUAUACAUCUUUCACUUUAUUCAAUAUGGAAGACUUUGCAAAACCCUGAAAGAUACAUUUUCUUUUUUUAUUUUUCCAAGAAGAAUAUUCUUAGAUGUUCAAAGGGUCUUACUUUCUGUGUGAAUGAUAUUUUUUCAGUCAUUCUUUAGAGUUUGUAACCUGAUUUUGACCAGAUGAUUAAUCUUAUGGAUUAAUUGUUUAUUGUCAAUUGGGAUAGAUUUCAACUCCUCUAAUAGGCUUUCUUAGACUUCUUGUUUUGAUGUACGCGUUCAGAUAUGAACAUUCAAGGAGAUAAUACACUUAGCAGCCUAAUCUUUGCCUUUGUUCCCUUGUUUUGGUUGGUCCAUUAUUUGUAAUUCUUUGUUUCGGAUUAUAGUGAACUAUAUGCACUUCUUAUUUAUCUGGUGUUACAUAUGAUACUUGUUACCAAAGGUCAAUCAGAAUUAAUCUCUUUGUUAAAAGUAAGUUUGUGUACAUCUGACCAUAGUGUAAAAACAAGGCUGCAUCGCAUCGUAUCGGCCUCGUUGUAUAGGUUUUAAAAAACAACGAAAUGAUAUUUACCGCGUUAUAUAGGUGUAAUUACAUGUUUCGGGCAUUAUCAAGGAAUAUCUUACGGUUUUAACUGAUAUUUAGGCGCUACGAGAACUGCAUUACUCUUGUUACCACAUCACCUUUCUGUUACCUCGAUUGCGAUCGUUACCGCAUCUUUACACUAUGCAUUUGACGUCCAAACCCCACCUUAGAUAGCAGUGCUUAUUUGCAUUGGGUGAUGGGAUGUUGAGUUAUUGUAGCCUGAUAUUUGCUUAAAUUUACAUAUAAAAAAAGCUGUGACAGAAUUCAUGUUAUACAUCUUUUCUAAAAGGGGAAUUUAUUGGUCUACCAAUACCUUUCAAAAAGUUAUGGUCAAGCUAUAGAAUAGUAAAUUGCAGAAAAUAUGGAACGGAGCAGGUAAAAUACCAAGUCAAAGAACUGUUUUAUCAAACUUCCAUUUAUGUCGGAGUUUAUGUAAUUGAUCACAAUUUACAGUUCAUCUAGUUUCAUCAGUUCAUUUUCUUGCCACACUUUCCAAAAAUGAGUUCUAUAUAUAACCUCUUAAGCCUACUGAUUUCGAUUCUCUUCUUUCUGAUACAUCAUUCUUUGGCCAUUGAUGAUUAUUUUCGAGAGUGCGAGCCUAGAGUGUGCGGAACCAAUACCAUUACGUAUCCUUUCUACAUUCGAGGAGAACAUAAAUCCUUCUGUGGUCUUCGAGAUUUCGAAGUCACUUGUAAUAGCCUAAAUCACACAAUCAUCAAUGUCUCCGGUGAUGAAUACGCUAUUCUUAAGAUCCUUUACCAAAAUCAGUCGAUGAAUGUUAUUAACAACGCCUUCCUGAAUCUUAGUUACAAUUGUGAUGCUCCAAUUCAUAACUUCACCCUAGACGACAAAAGAUUCGAGUUUUCUUGUAAUAAAAGUGAGAUAUACAUGUUGCAUAACUGCAAUAUGGAAGCUAGAAAGAGCAUAAGGAAAUAUAACGAGUUUUCGUGUGUUUAUGGUAACAAAUUUAAGAGUGAACUUCUUAUAUAUGCUCAACAGAUGAACUGGAGAACUUUUAGUGGCAAGUGUGAAAAGGUUGUUGCCGUGCCAUAUGAAGGUCGGGCUUUUGAUGAUAUUGUGGAUGUGUUGAAAUCGGGAUUUCAGCUGAAAUGGAAAGCGGCUAAUUGUAGUGAGUGUAGUAAUAGUGGAGGACGAUGUGGGUAUAGAAAUGAAACGAGUUCGGAAAUGCAGUGUUUCUGCCCUCGUGGUGUUUAUGCUCGUACUUGCGCGAGUGAGACUCUUAAUAUGUUUCUUCUUCUAUCUAUGUCUUUCUUCUCACAUUAUCAUAUUGUUCUGGUUUAUAUGUUGCCUUUUUUAGUGCUUUAAGUCUGUAAAACAAUGAGCCACGGAUUACUUAUUAAUCUCUUUUCUCACUGUCAUAUGAUUCACUAAUCUCCUUACGAAUCACGAAUCAAAAAAUUGAAUUAUGGUCGGUUUUGGGUAUUUUAGGGUCAUUUUGAGUGAAUUGCGAAACUGAAAAACAAAUUAACUGGCGAAUCAUGUUACAAUGUCUUUUCUUCUAGUAUCUCAACCUUUCCGUAAUAAGAGUAACCAUUUAGAUAAUGAUGUAAGGUAGUUUUGCCAUCGUUUCUAGUUUUACCGCUUCCAAUGUUCAAGAACAAGAACCUAAAAUCUACUUGCUCUCUAACUAAGGUAAUACCCGAUUCUCUUGAAUAUAUUUAACCUCCAAGACUUCAGUUUAUUAAUGAAGAAAUUCAAAUACAUGUCAUAUACCAAUGCGACCAUCAUUGUGUAGAAAACUCUUUGCAGGAUUGAAUCGAUGAAACCAUUAGUUCUGCUUUUAUUUCGGUAACUUACUUGGUACUACGUAUAAGUCGGAUAGAUGAAACACCAUUGAGUUUCCUUUAUGGAUAUCCUGAAGCCAUGUUUUUAAUUAGAGGUGUUCAAAACAGACUCAAUGACCCAAAAUUUACCCGACCUUGUAGUCGACCCGAAUUGACCCGACUUCAAAAAUGAUUUACAAUUAUGUAAAAAAUAAUAUGGGCACAAAUCCGAUUUUAAAACGACCCGAAACACAUAACCCGAAAUCAACCCGAUGACCCAAUGAACACCACUAUUUCUAAUUGUAGUCAUGCAUCAAAUGCAUAUGCCUCCACCCGUAGAUAUUCGCGUAUAUUAUUAUAGGAAAAAAUCUAUAUUGUGUAUGAGAUGAUACCCUUUGCUUUUCUUUUUAGUUCGAGAAAUCUUUUCAUCCAUAUCAUUCAUUCAUUUUAGGUUUUUUGCAUUUUUUCGAACUCAUGGAAUUGCUAAGCUGCAAA